AUGUUCAAGCUAUCGCUCUGCCUUAUCGCCGCUCUGCUGGUCUGCGCCCAGGCCGACCACAUCGACAAGGAUGCUCAAAUUUUGAGCGAAAGGAAUGAUCCCGCCGAUCCGGAGGGCAACUAUGCGUAUUCAUACGAAACAAGCAAUGGCAUCCAAACCCAGGAAGCUGGCAAUGUUAAUGGUGCCAGCGGCUCUUACCGCUACACUUCCCCCGAUGGCCAAGUGAUCACUCUGACCUACACAGCCGACGACAAUGGAUUCCACCCAACUGGCGAUCAUUUGCCCACAGCCCCACCAGUUCCCGAUCAUGUUGUGAGGCUGUUGGAAUAUAUUGCAACGCAUCCAAGCAAGCAGUAG